GAGCAGAGAAGAGAAGCCAAACAAAAGCGCUUCGUUUCUUCCUCUUCUGACCUUCUCCUCUGAAAGCAAACCCAUAACUCUUACCACAGUGCUCCCUCCCCUUUUUAUUCCUCUUUCUCUCUCUACCCACCUUAACCCAUGCAUAUAAAUUAUAUAUAUAUCUAUCUAUCUUAUAUAUAAUGUAAAUACAUACAUGUAACCAGUGUAUUUCUCUAUACAUUUAUAUUUAGAGAGAGAAGAUCGAUUGGCCAUUGAAUCUGUAUGGAACAGCUUGUCAACUUCAUUAUAAGACCACCCAGAGCUGAAUAUGACCCAAAGAAUGAUUUACUAGAUGAAGAAUUCAUGCUCAAAGGGAAGUGGUACCAACGGAAGGAUUUGGAGGUUAAAAACAGUCGGGGUGAUGCUCUUAAAUGUAGCCAUUACAUACCUAUCAUUUGUCCUGAAGGAAAGCCUCUGCCCUGUGUAAUCUACUGUCAUGGAAACAGUGGCUGUCGAGCAGAUGCCAGCGAAGCUGCCAUUAUAUUAUUGCCAUCAAAUAUUACUGUAUUCACCCUUGACUUUUCUGGAUCUGGACUGUCUGGGGGAGAGCAUGUUACUUUGGGAUGGAAUGAAAAAGAUGAUCUUAAAGCUGUUGUUGAGUAUUUACGGCAAGAUGGAAAUGUUUCUUUAAUUGGCUUGUGGGGUAGAUCAAUGGGUGCUGUUACAAGUCUGAUGUAUGGAGCUGAGGAUCCUUCUAUUGCCGGAAUGGUUUUGGACAGCCCUUUCUCUGAUUUGGUUGAUUUGAUGAUGGAACUUGUUGACACUUACAAAAUACGGCUUCCCAAAUUCACAGUUAAGUUUGCAAUUCAGUACAUGCGGAAAGCGGUUCUUAAAAAGGCAAAGUUUGACAUAACAGAAUUGAACACUAUCAAGGUUGCCAAGGCUUGCUUUGUACCCGCCUUGCUGGGUCAUGCUUGUGACGAUGAUUUUAUACGACCACAUCAUUCUGAUCGCAUAUUUGAUGCAUAUAUGGGUGACAAGAAUAUUAUCAAAUUUGAGGGUGAUCAUAACUCUCCGCGUCCUCAAUUCUAUUUCGACUCUAUAAGUAUCUUUUUCAAUAAUGUUUUACAGCCUCCAGAUGAUGAAUUAGGCGGUACAUUUUUUGACAUGCCACAAGAUUAUUUUGGCAAGAGUAGUUGGAGUAACAUCCAUGAAGUGGGAUCUCCAGAGGAUGUUCUAACUGCCCCUGUAGGUGGAGCGACAAGUAGCACUGAGGAUUGCAUUAAGCAACUUCGCUCCAAAAGGCCUAUGAGUAAGACAGAGGUCCCAUCAAACAUCUCUUCAACCGAUAAACAGGAUGGAGACAAGGAAGAACAAAGUCGAGCUGAUCUUACCCCAUCAUCUUCAAAUAUGAUCAGCUUUGAACUCUCCAACGGAGAUGCAUAUGGUCGUAACGUGCCUGUUUCAAUAGAUGAUGACGAGUAUGUGGAAUACACACUCGAUAAUUUGGCAGAUUUUCCAAGCAGUAUGGAGGAAGAAGAAAGGAUGUUCAUGGAAGCAGUAUUAGAGUCACUGAAAGACUUAGAAGUGUCGAAAACCCCUCAUGUUGAGUCAAGCAACGGACAACCAGAUCCAUUCCCAAAAAAUAUUCUCGACUCUUCCACAUCAAAACAGUGUGUGCCCAUGAAUAAGCUCCCAGCUGCAGGACUAGCCAACGGGCACACUCCAGCAAAGGAACCCGAAACCAAGCCCCGAGCUGCGGGAAUAGCCAAUGGGCACAAUCCAGCAAAGGAACCCGAAAGCAGUAAGGCGUCUCCUCGCAGAAAUACUUCAGUUGGCAACCAGAGUUCGUCUAGCACUGACAUGGUCGAUCACACAAAAGCCACAGUGACUGUCGUAAAGAAUCCAUCUGGCAACAUCAUGGACGGUUUGAUGCGUCGUUGGGACCUUAGCUUCUUCAAAAACAGGUGAUGUUGAACGUGGGAGAAGCGCCUCGUGAAAGCUGGUGGUAUUGUAUAGUUCAGCCAUAUGAAAAUUAAAAGCAAGCAAAAUUUCAGGGUUGUGUAUAUUUUGGAAGACUUGGAUCUGUACUCUCCAUAAAAUAUGAUGGAGAAAGAAAGUAGGAGAAACAAUACAUUGGUCACUUGGUGCAUGGGAAUCAAUAUUGUUCUUGAGAGAGGAGAAAAGGGGAGGGAGACAUUAUUUGGUUGUAAAAUAUGGAUUGAUCAGAAUUUGUUUGACUUGAAAAGUAUUCAUGAUUGAACAAUAUAAAUGUAAAUUGGCUUAUUUACCAAAAAAAA